AUGAACGAUAAAUAUCACAGAGCGGCGAGAGACGGGUUCCUGUCCUUACUGAAGGAGGCCAACAGGAAGGAGCUGAACAUGCCAGACGAAGACGGUCUGACCCCGGUGCUCUGGGCUGCACAUCAUGGCAAACUGGAGGCUCUCCGGGUGAUGCUGGGACGAGGGGGCGACCCGGAUAGGUGCGACAUUUGGGGGAACACCCCUCUGCACCUAGCCGCAGCGAACGGCCACCUGAACUGCCUGUCCUUCCUCGUCUCGUUCGGCGCCAACGUGUGGUGUUUGGAUAACGACUACCACACCCCGCUGGACGCGGCCGCCGUACACGGACACAUGGCCUCCGUGCGUUACCUGGACUCCGUGGCCGCCAAGCAGAGCGCCCUCAACCCCAAACUGGUGCGUAAGCUGAAGGAGCGCGCCUUCCACAACGCGGAACAGCGAGCAAAACGCUACGCCGAACUACAGCACCAACACCAGCGGCGCAUGGAGAAGCAGUUCCUGAGGGAGACGAUGGAGUCCGGAGCGACCGUCUCCAAGAGCUUCUCCAGAUACAGGAGCAGCGUGAGACACAAAAUCCCACAAUUCAGCAGCGUGGAGUCCAGCAUCACCUACACGCAGGCGAUGCUGAACUCGACAUCCAAAAGCAGGACAAAGAUCCAGAAACAUCUGGAGAAGAAGAAGCCAAGUGACAGCACAUUUAAGAUCUCCGAGGGGGGCCGGAGGAGCGUCCGUUCUCUCUCCGGCCUGCAGAUGGGAAACGACGUGAUGUUCCUGAAACAGGGAACGUGUUCCGGCCAUCGGCAGAGGAUCCACGUCAGGAACAUGUUCCCUCAGAACCUGAAUGAUGAUGAUGCGGACUCAGACGUGGACUCUGUCUCUGAUGCAGUGAGCGAUCUGGGUCUGUACACCAGCAUGUUCUCCAACUCCAGGCGAGACUCUCUGUUCUCCAGGCCUGGUCUGGGGACCAUGAUCUUCCGCCGGAGUUACACCAACGACGGGCUUUCGGGAUUCGAUUCGGAAAGCCUGGCCGGCAGCGACACACUGGGGAAGCUGCUGACGACGAAUGUUCAAUCAAGAGGGCGAGUACGACCCCGUUUACCUAGUUUCGAUCAGGAGAGCACCUGCAGCACCGCAGGUCUGCCGGAGGAAAACUCACAGGAUCUGCUGUGUGAUGAUACGUUCGACUGUGAUGAUGAAGAGAACCUGCAGUCCUCCUCGUCUCCUCUCGAGGUGUUUUUGGAGUCGCACGGUCUUGGUGAGCUCCACUCUCUGUUCCUAAAGGAACGGAUGGACCUGGAUGCUCUGGUCCUCUGCUCUGAGGCUGACCUCGCCGUCCUCGACGUUCCGCUCAGUCCUAGAAAGAAGCUGCUGGAGGCCUGCAGCCGGCGUACACACACGCUGCGGCGUUUCAGGGCCAUGCUCGAUACACACCUCUAG